AUUUUGUUCACUGAUCUCCCCAAGGAGAGCAGCCUUGGCUUUUCCUUCAACGCACAUCUAAUAACUUGUAUCACUCAGAAUCUACACAUCUUCAUUCUUCAGUCUCUUACUCUUUCUCAAAAUCAGUAGUCUUUAAUGAAAUGGCAAUAGACUGCAUCACAAAUAUUUCUAAGCCUCAUCACGCAAAAGAAGAAUAUAAAGAUGAACAAAAGCCACUUCUUUUUGAUGCUUCUGUGCUUAGGCAUCAAACCCACAUACCAAAACAGUUUAUUUGGCCCGAUGAAGAAAAGCCUUGUGCUAAUGCACCUGAACUUCAAGUUCCACUAAUUGACUUGGGUGGCUUUCUCUCAGGCGACCCUGUUGCAGCAAAAGAAGCUUCGAAACUUGUGGAUGGGGCUUGUCAAAAGCAUGGCUUCUUUCUUGUUGUUAAUCAUGGUGUCGAUUCGAGACUGCUGGAUGAUGCUCACCGCUACAUGGACAGCUUUUUUGAGCUUCCACUUUGUCAAAAGCAAAAGGCUCAAAGGAAACUUGGCGAACACUGUGGUUAUGCUAGUAGUUUCACAGGUAGAUUUUUUUCUAAACUCCCAUGGAAAGAAACACUUUCUUUUUGCUAUUCAGCUGAGAGAAACUCAUCAAACAUUGUUCAAGAUUACUGUCUCAAUACAAUGGGAAACGAAUUCAAGCAAUUCGGGAGGGUUUAUCAGGACUACUGCGAGGCUAUGAGCAAUCUGUCUCUCGGGAUCAUGGAGCUUCUAGCAAUAAGCCUUGGAGUAGAACGACGUUAUUUCAGAGAAUUUUUUGAAGAAAAUGAAUCAAUAAUGAGGCUAAACUACUAUCCUCCAUGUCAAAAACCAGAACUUACUUUAGGAACAGGGCCUCAUUGCGAUCCAACAUCUUUAACCAUCCUCCACCAAGACCAAGUGGAGGGUCUUCAAGUGUUUGUAGACAAUGAAUGGCGUUCAAUUAGCCCAAACAUGGAAGCAUUUGUCGUUAACAUUGGCGACACCUUCAUGGCUCUUUCCAAUGGAAGAUACAAGAGUUGCUUACACAGAGCGGUGGUAAACAGCGAGACAGCAAGGAAAUCACUUGCUUUCUUUCUGUGUCCAAAAAAUGAAAAGGUGGUAACCCCACCUGCUGAAUUGCUGGAAAACUUCGGCCCAAGAAUUUACCCAGAUUUUACAUGGCCUAUAUUGCUUGAAUUCACUCAGAAGCAUUACAGAGCCGACAUGAAUACUCUUCAAGUAUUCACCAACUGGCUUCAGCAGAAAACAGCUGAAACAAAUUGAAGUAGUGGUCAUCAUGUAAUGUUGAUUUCGUUUCUGUCAAAGAAAAAGACAUUUCUGGUUUCGAAUAUAUCAGAAGGAUAGAGAGUUGGGCUUUAA